GAUGGCGCCGAGGCGUUAGGAGGCCUUGCGACUUGCGGCAGUAGUCGCCAACGGCACCACGGACCGCAAACGAAACGCCGCUCGUCUGAUCGAGGACGCCAGUGGGACCCGACCCGCAACGCCCGAGGUGGUGAUGGGCUGUCUCCUUCCUCUUUUCAUAACAAGAGUUCUACUUCAAUAGAGAAAGAAAAAAAAAACACAGAACAAAAUAAAAUAAGAAUAAAAUACACAUCCAAACACACGCACACAUGUAUAUAAUUCACUAACCAUUGAUAAUAUACCCCAAUCACUGCAUCUACACUACUGUCUAAUAUACAGCUAUAUAAUAUAUUUACACAACUAUUACAAUACACGUGUAAUAUAGACCAUACACCGUUCAAUCUGUACAGUAAUCUAUACAGAUACACGUAUACUAUUCUGUGUGAUAAUCGAACGUAUAAAAAUUGCGCAUUAUUCAUUAUUUACGGUUCGUCCUGUAUAAUAAUACGUUAUACAAAUCGAAUAUAAAAGCCCGAAACAAGAACGUACAACAACGCAUGUAAAUUCAGAAUCGGCCGGAAAUCCGUUGAGCUGCGCGAGAAUAAAUUAUCAUCUAGUCAAAGAAAAAAUAAAUAUUAUAUCAAAUACGGGAAAAGAUUUAGCCGUGUCUUAGAGAAAACAAGAAGAAGAAGAAGAAGAAGCAGAGAAAUAUAAAUGUAGAACCAAAAAACAAAACAGAGAUCCCAGACGACGAUAGGAAGAUCGAGAUAUACGGAAAAGCUAAUCACCGCCGUUGGCUCAUUGACUUUCAAUAAAAUGUUUGAAUAAUUCUUGGAGGGUAGACCAUAUGUGUAUACAUAAAAUAUACAUAUAAAGCCAUGCGCGUAUGAGGUGAAAAAUAAAGGUCAAUAGUCAAGAGUCAAGGGCCACGACCUGGCGGUGUGUACACAACGCAAGUUUAGCCAGGAGACACGGAUCAACGAAACUCUCGAAGGAGACGGCGGAGGGUUCAAGAGACGAGAGGGAGUCGAGGAGCCAGCGGAGAUGGAUAUUGAUUGAGAACGGGCACGCUUGCGCGAGGAGGAGGACUAAGCGGGAACGGGAACAGGAAUGGGAAUGGGAAUAGCUAGGUCAGAAUCCGGCACCGGGUGCGGAUGAGUAGCGGGAGACCUGAAUGGCAAUAACGGCAGCGACGGCGGCUUCGCGAAGAGAGGUCCUACCCCAGGACUCCAGGAGCACAGUGCAGUCGACAGUACCGGGUGAACCGGAGGGCCUCGAGCCGAGUAGAAGAGGACGACCCGGUUCCUGCUCGUCGGAGGAUCGAUCCUAGAACGGUUCUCCGGCUCUCAUCUAUGAAGAGGAGCGAUUUUGUUUGCAGAGGAGAUUCAAACGAUCGCGCAGGAAAUGUUUUCACCCUCCAUGGAGGCUGCAGGGAAUCGUCGGUGUCACUUGAGUAUGAAUUAACUAUGUACAAUUAUUUAACGUCAAGAGUACGCUACAUGUGUUAAAACACACGCACGUUGAUGUAUUCCGGAAUAUGAAGCUAAAAUUUUUUCUUCGAAAUAAUAUAUAAGGAAUGCGUCCCGACGGUAGAUAACGAAAACGCUCGACGUAUACGCUGAACAUCGCGGUUACUGAUAACAGCUACACACUUUGCCCCUGCAACGGUGUUUGAAGAACACGCCGUUGAUAAAAGAUAAUAUACCUGGAGCACCGUUUUUCAUUUAUUUCUUCGUUCCACUUUUUACCUGACAUCACGUGUAUUGUCACGUACUAUAAGAUCUCGUGCCAGUUCGAAGAGAGACGCGAUCUCCGCACACCCGUAACGCGGCUGCAUGCUUUGAUUUACCGUCGAGUUUGAAUUUCUUUCCGAUUCGUUAUAUAUAGUUUUUCCGUUAGUCCUGGAUCAUUAUUUAACCGAGCUGUGGAUCAGUUCACCGGAGUACCAGCGAGAUGGCGAAAAAAAAGAUUCAUCUGUUGUACCUUGAUCGAUGAAAGUUAUUAUGAUCGAGAAAUUUGAAGGAGACUUUUUCCCUCUUUGACCUGACAUGGCGAACAUCCAACGAUCCACGGUCGAAAUUUUUCCACACAUGGAGUCUUGCAGGGAUGAGGAUGAGGUUCACCUCACCGAACUACUUCCCGUUAAACAGUCGGCGAUAUGCCGAAAAGACGACGAUGACAAGGAAGACACUGUAGCCGACGCUUUCAAAGCACUGCGAGAAAGGAACAAGCACGAUUUUUCUAUAGGAAGGAAUGAAUUCUGUGCUACCGACGACGACGAUGAGUUUGGCGAAGGAGUAAACAACGUUGAUGAUUCCUUGAACGAAUAUAAUCCCAAAAUCACCGACGAGGCAAACGUCGAUCAGUGCAGUGAUGGAAAAAGGAACUCCUUGAAACGAAAAGGCAAUAGAGUGUUUAAAAAGCGUAUGAAGUUUCUGAAAAAAAAGCAGUUAGAGUCACAGAAAAAAGGAAAGCGUAAAAAGAACGAAAUCAUCAAGUCAAAUGGUUUGAAUAAUGUCCCCGACUGCGAUGUACUUGAUGGAUCUGCUGUUUGCAAUAAAAACAUCGUCUCCCAUGUAAAUUCCGGACUUUCUUCCAUCGCCCAGGAUCUUGAUAAGAACGGAACUCUUCCUGACGAGGUCUACGUUUUUCAUCAAGAGAGAAACGGCGCCGAGGUAAUCAACGCAAAAGCGUCGCAAUCAUUAAAAAAGAAGAAUUUAAACUCAAAUUCAAAGAUCAGAUUGAACGGAACGACAAACAAUCGUACAACAGGGAGGAAUAACAAAAUCAAAGGAGAAGUAACCAUGAAAGAGCGGUCAAAGGUGAGCGAUGAGAGUCUUCGAGAUAAGAUAGACGCGAUAAUACAGGCGAACUCCGUAAUGGAAGGUAACAAGAACAACAAUACGUCGCGUGAAAAUCGUAACAACAAGUUGCAGAGUGAGGCACAUCUCCAUGGUAUAUCCGACAUUUCGGAAUCAGAAAUACGGAACAACUCGGGUGAGGAGGAAUCGUCUUUGGUAAAGAAACACCACUGCGCGAUUUGCAGUGCCAGAUUCAAGGGUAGCGGUGGUCUCAGAACCCAUUACAAGGUGGUUCACGCCGGCGGACCGAUGUUCACGUGCAAUGAAUGCGGCAAGGAGUUUCCGCUGAAGGAGAGACUGAAGCUUCACGUGAGGACGCACACCGGUUACAAACCGUACAAGUGCACCGACUGCGAAAAGAGCUUCGCCCGGGGUGGUCAGCUUGUCCAACACCGUCGUACUCACACCCAAGUGAAACCAUACCGUUGCGUUUUGUGCCCGGGGACCUUUUCUUGCGCGGCGAACCUCGCACUGCAUGUGAAACGACACAACGGACAGAAGGACCACAAAUGCGAAAUAUGUGGACGAGCAUUUGUGCGCCGGGACGCCCUCAAAAAGCACCUCGAGUGUCUCCACAAGGACGUAAAGUCCUUUUUAUGCGUCAUAUGCAACAAGACGUUCAAGGGUCACCUCCCCCAGCACAUGAGGACUCACGCCCAGGACAGACCUCACGGGUGCGGAACCUGCGGCCAGCGGUUCGCCCAGAAGUCUCAGCUCACCGUUCAUCAGCGAACCCAUUCAGGACAGCGGCCAUUUCGGUGCCUUGUUUGUUGGCAGGCCUUCGCACACUCAACUGCCCUGAAGCUUCACACGAGGAGACACACCGGAGAGAGACCGUUCAAGUGCGCAGAGUGCAGUGCCGGCUUCACGCAGCUUCCACACUGGAAGAAGCACAUGAGGUGCGUCCAUGGCAGGACCGAUCCCUACUGCUGCAAGAACUGCAAUACCUUUUUCAGGAUAAAGAACGACCUGGAGACGCAUGAGAAGUCCUGUCACGUUGGAGAAAUGCCGGCGAUUGAUGCCGAACUUGAGAACCGGACCGGACGUCCGGUGGUACCGAAGUACCGGAUAAUGACUGUUGAGAAGAUGAGACUGCUUCUAGCCGUUCUGUUCAAGCGUAUCUCGAAACCCGAACGACUCGAUGAACUCGGAUUUGGCAAACGGCUUAUAGAUGAGGUACUGAAGGACUCUCUCAUAUCCGCUGGUAAGGAACCCGCUCAGGGUAUUGACGACGUCAACGAGUUUGAUAUUCUGAAGCAGAACUUGGCUACGUUUUUGGAAUGGACUGUGCCCCCAGAGCAUUGGGAGACUUUCAAAAAAUUGAACAAAACGCCCGAGGAGAUAUUAGAAACGCUUACCGUCAGCCAAUAGGUCUGCAGAAUCGUUCCAAAAGAAUGUUAUAUUCUGAGAAGAAACCAAAUAAGCGAGUUUGAAAAAACCUCGCUUUCGAAACAAACUAAAGAAAUUUCCUAUAUACAUACAGGGUGAAAUUUCUCUGGGGUCGGAUGAGUGAAGAGCUCCAGUCGACUGAAACUUCAGUUUCUUGCAGUCAUACUCGUUCGCGUCACAAUAAUAAUGUGUGAUUAUCGAUCAAAUUUCGGAUAUGUGCUAUAAGUGUG